ACAAGAUAACAUCAAAGAUAGUUUCGUUGAGUUUUGCCUCCAAGCAGAAAAGUUUGUUAUCAUUGACACUGUGCAGUGCUGUGCAGUUAACUGUGUGCAAUCACAAACAAAAUGUUUUAUUCUGUGCUUCGUGCAUGGCCUUCGGGACGAUUUAAAUGUUUGUAGGAACGAAGGAGCGUGUAGAAGUGCGAAGUUUCAUCGAUUCAACUUUAAUACCACUAAAGAAAGUUUGCGUCUCCGAUUUGUUGUCGGCGCAUAACAUAUCGAACGGCAUCAGAGAUCAUUGCGAUUCUUGGCUGUAACAAUGGGUAAUGCAGGAAGCAAUCAGCCCGUUAGUCAUCAUCAUGGUAGUUCAGUGAGGGAUAGGGAGCAUCGACAUAGCAAAGAUCAUCCUCCACCCUCGCCAGGGAAGGAAGGCCAAGCAUUUGUAUUCGACAAAAAACCCAGUCAGAAACUUGUCUUUCAGUCUUCCCACGAGGAAGAAGAAUCAUAUUUUACAAAGAAUAGUCAACAAGAUGGAGAAGAUUUUGGAUCGCAGCGACCAAGGUCCAACACUGUCUCCGAAGGAACAAAAGUCACUGAUAGUAAGGUGCUACCGACUGUCUUCAAGUGGGAAGGAGGAGGAAAGCAAGUGUUCAUUAGCGGGACAUUUACUGGGUGGAAGACGUUGCCAAUGGUGAAGAGCCACGGUGAUUUUGUUACAAUAAUUGACCUGCCAGAGGGAGAGCAUCAGUACAAAUUUUUCGUUGAUGGUGAAUGGAGACAUGAUCCUGGACUGAAAAUUGUGGACAAUGGCAUGGGCUCCAAGAACAAUUUAGUGUCUGUAAGGAAAUCCGACUUUGAGGUAUUCCAGGCUCUCGCAAAGGACAGCGAAGGUGUUACCAACAGUGCGCAGACAGAAUAUGGGCAAGAAAUCCCGCCGCAUAAGCCUUGGGAGAAGGUAGCUGGACCGCCUAUAUUGCCACCGCAUUUACUGCAAGUAAUUCUUAACAAGGACACACCGCUUUCCUGCGAACCUACUCUUCUACCUGAACCGAAUCACGUUAUGCUGAAUCAUCUUUAUGCCCUAAGCAUUAAGGACAGCGUCAUGGUCCUGUCGGCCACACAUCGUUAUCGCAAAAAAUAUGUGACGACUUUGCUGUACAAACCAAUCUAGAUGUUAAGUAUUGUUGGUGCUGCUCGUUUCUUAACUGUCGCGAAUAAAGCAGGUGCUUGAAGAAGUAGCAGAAAAUGCUGUGCAAAGCUUUACAAACUGUUUGGAGGCAGGGUAGAAGGUCGUAAUAUCUAAGAAUAUCCGUUUGUUGCUAUGUUUAUUAUACCCCUCUCAGUCACGUGUAAAGAGCAAUUACUAUUUAUUAAAGACAAAUAUUUUA